CUCUCGGCCGACGACACCAAGCGACCCAACAACAGUUCAAAAGUGCUCAAAUUGCAUCAAACAUGGCACUUGAUUUCGCUGCUACAUAUAAAGUUCUUGUUCUUGGAGAUUCCAAUGUCGGCAAGACCUGCAUUGUUCAUCGUUAUUGUGAUGAACGUUAUUAUGAUACUUAUAUAUCCACCAUUGGUAUUGACUUCAAACAAAAAAUUAUUAACCUGGAUGGUACACCAAUUAAACUUCAGAUUUGGGACACAGCAGGACAGGAAAGAUUUAGAACAUUGACAACGGCUUAUUACCGAGGAGCUAUGGGAAUACUGUUGAUGUACGAUGUAACUAGUCUUGACAGCUUUAAUCAUUUGUCAUACUGGCUUCGAAACAUCCAAGAGAAUGCUUCACCAGAUGUUGUAAAAGUUUUAGCAGCAAAUAAAUGUGAUGCGACAAACCAUCGAGCUGUUGAUAUUGAAAGAGGACAAAAAAUUGCAGAGAAUUUUGAUAUGCCUUUUUUCGAAGUUUCUUGUAAAGAAAAUAUUAAUAUUGAAGCAGCUUUUCUAACACUCGCACGAAGAAUACGAGAACAACGAGAUCGGAGAGCAAGUUUAUUUGAAGCAUCAGAAAGAGAAGGUGCAGAUAGUAUUAUAGUAGCUCAAUCACCUUCGCAACAAGAAGAUGCCUGGAGAUGUACAUGUUAACCAACAGCAUCAACAUUUUCAAAAUAUGUUAAAUGGAUUUAUAAGUUUUUUUGCCUAAAAAAAUUGGAGAAUUUAUUUAUAAAACUAUUGAGCAUUAUAUUGAUUGAAGGUCAAUAUUUUAAAGGUAAUUAUCUCAGUUUGAUCGAAUUUAAAAAAGAUUUUUUAAGGCCUAAAGUAGUAUUUCUUUGUACUUUGUAAACAAUUUUCAUCAUGCAGUAUUUAUUUCAAAGAAAACUGAACAUUUACGUAAGCGUAUUGUGAUGGAUUCUAGAUAAGAGAAAUUGGUACUUGUAUCGGGUUCUAGUGAAAAUUAUAAAAUAGGAAAAACGUAUGGAUGAUAAAGAAUUUUCUAAAGAAAACUGUAGAGAUAUAAUAGAUAGGUAUUCUUUUUAUUGGAAAGCUUAAACUAUGCAUUUAUAAUAGGAAAAUUUUAAUAAUGACUUUGGCAUACAUAGAUGUAUGUAUCUAAUAAUAUGUAUAUUACUAAAUAUACUUAUGUUAUUGAAUAUAUCACACAUGUAUUCAAUAAUUUCACGUAUUUAAUGGUGCAAAAUCACUAGCACAAAUGUAUAAUCAUUCAAAGAAUUAAUAACAAAAAUUUUUUUUCAAGUUUUUUAACUCUUUCAUAAUAUUAUCUAAAAGAAUAAAAAAUAAUUUACACGCUGUCGCUAUUCGUAAUUAUUCGUUUAUGCAGGCGGUAAACAAAAAAGCCUUUAUUGUGCCUAUAAACGAAUGUAUAAAUUUUUAAAAGAAAAAAAAUGUUAAGCUGAAAUGAAUUAUUGCUGCUUUACACCGAGAUGUCUGUAAAAUAUGAUUUAAUAAGUGAGAGAAAAAGGGAAUUAAUUUGAGUCAAUUAUUAUUACAAAAUUUUAAAUCAGAACAAAUUAUAAAGAUUAUAGUUUAAGACUUCUAACUUGAGUUUUUAUCAAAUAAUCAAUUAUUCAUUUAAAUUAAAUGAAAAAUCUUUAUUGAUAACUUCACAAAUGCUGGAUCAUUUGUUGUUAUUUUAAUUUAAAAUUCU